GGGCCGGUAGCGGCGGGAGCUGCGCUGGCCAGGGGUUCCGGCUGUAUUUCUAUGAGCGCAGCCGGCAGCCGCGGAGCUGCGGGAAUCGGACUCCGGGCUAGCUGCACCGCUGGAGUCAACGAGCGCAGCUUUUAGGUUAAUUUGAAUACAAGAUCAGAUCUGACUGGCCCAAGUGUUCAACUCUUCAAGGAAUAUCCACAUUCUCCGUGAGAGGAAUAACAACAUAGAGCAAGAUGAAUGCCAUGCUGGAGACCCCCGAGCUCCCCGCCGUGUUUGACGGGGUGAAGCUGGCUGCCGUAGCUGCUGUUCUCUACGUCAUCGUACGGUGUUUGAACCUGAAGAGUCCCACUGCCCCUCCUGACCUCUACUUCCAGGACUCCGGGCUCUCACGCUUCCUGCUCAAAUCCUGUCCUCUUCUGACCAAAGAAUACAUCCCACCACUGAUCUGGGGGAAAAGUGGACACAUCCAGACAGCCUUGUACGGGAAGAUGGGAAGAGUGAGGUCACCACACCCUUACGGGCACCGCAAGUUCAUCACCAUGUCAGACGGGGCCACUUCUACAUUUGAUCUCUUCGAGCCCUUGGCGGAGCACUGUGUUGGAGAUGAUGUCACCAUGGUUAUCUGUCCUGGAAUUGCCAAUCACAGCGAGAAGCAGUAUAUCCGAACCUUUGUUGACUAUGCCCAGAAAAAUGGCUACCGGUGCGCAGUGCUAAACCACCUGGGAGCCCUACCCAACAUUGAGCUGACCUCCCCACGCAUGUUCACCUAUGGCUGCACGUGGGAGUUUGGAGCCAUGGUGAACUACAUCAAGAAGACAUAUCCCCAGACCCAGCUGGUCGUCGUGGGCUUCAGCCUGGGCGGUAACAUCGUGUGCAAAUACCUGGGGGAGACGCAGGCAAACCAGGAGAAGGUCCUGUGCUGCGUUAGUGUGUGCCAGGGGUACAGCGCGCUGAGGGCCCAGGAGACCUUCAUGCAGUGGGACCAGUGCCGCCGAUUCUACAACUUCCUCAUGGCCGACAACAUGAAGAAGAUCAUCCUGUCCCACAGACAAGCUCUUUUUGGAGACCAUGUUAAGAAACCCCAGAGCCUGGAGGACACGGACUUGAGCCGGCUCUACACAGCAACAUCCCUGAUGCAGAUUGAUGACAAUGUGAUGAGAAAGUUCCACGGCUAUAACUCCCUGAAGGAAUACUAUGAAGAAGAAAGCUGCAUGAGAUACCUGCACAGGAUAUACGUGCCUCUAAUGCUGGUUAAUGCCGCUGACGACCCCUUGGUGCACGAAAGCCUUCUGACCAUUCCAAAGUCUCUCUCAGAGAAACGGGAGAACGUCAUGUUUGUGCUGCCUCUGCACGGGGGCCACCUGGGCUUCUUCGAGGGCUCCGUGCUGUUCCCCGAGCCACUGACAUGGAUGGACAAGCUGGUGGUGGAGUAUGCCAACGCCAUUUGCCAGUGGGAAAGGAAUAAGUCCCAGUGCUCAGACACGGAGCAGAUGGAGGCCGAGUUCGAAUGAGGCCUCCGGACUCUGGCGUGCUCCUGCAGCCCCUCCUCUGGAACCCGCGGCUGUUUCAGGUCUCCCAUCUCCCUCAGUGACCUGGAUCUGACCUCAUACCGUCAGUGGGGGGCCCCCCCAUCAUGCAACCUGUCUUAAGUAGGCGGCUCUUCCUGGGAGCUCCAGGCUAUUUUUGUGCUUAGUUACGGGUUUCCUCCGUUGCGUUGUUAGCCAUGGUGGCAAGCUACAAGAUUCUCCCCCUUCUGUCCAGCUUCAGUAUCUGAUUGCUUUCACGCCAGUUGUAUCUAGUUUUCCUAUUAAGGACCGCAUCUGAGCUGCGGUUUUGCUUUGCCAAUCAAAAGGCCUCUCUCUGAGAACCGUGAAGGAUGUAUGUCACUUGGUGAUGGUUGUAUGUGCCCUCAUAGAAUCCCCAACAAGAAGUCAGCAUCUCUGACCAAUGCUGAAGAAAGGACUUAGCUUUGGAAGCCUGAGAGCCUGGUGCCUCCUGGGCCUGAGUUUUGCCACUGAAACAAAGGAAAUUUCUUGAGUCUAAAGCCAGUUCCUUCUCACUGUCUUCCUGAGACACCUUCCUCCCGCCUUGCUGCUGCUGCUGCUGAGAGUGGCGUGGGGCACUUGUCUAAAAAUUCAGCCUCUCGGAUCCCUCCCCUCGGAGAGGCUGACUCAGUGGGUUUGGGGAGGGGUCUGGGGAUUUUAAUUUUUGACAAGUGCCCCAGGGAAUUCUCAUCACCCAGCAAACUGAGGGAAACCCCAUACUGUAAUACAGCCCCUUUAAAUUAGGAACAUCUUGGUGGCUCAUUUAAUUGACAUUCAUAAGCCACAGUGUCUCUUUGCUCCCAGAGACCUCCGAAGCAGCACUGUCUGCUGUAUGACUCCCUUUGUGUAAUCUCGGUACGGUGUCCCUAAAAGGGAGAGGACAUUUGGGUUGAGCCUUAGCUCUGCUUCUUCCCAGAUGUGUGACCCUGGAUAAAUCCCUUUGGACCUGACUCUCUUCCCCUAUUAAAUGGAGAACUUGGACCAGGUAGAUUGCUGAGAUAACCACCCUUUCUAAAGUUCGGCGGCAAACUCGGUAUACUGAGGUUUGAGUGAACCUCCCUCUGGGGGAGCCUGGGAGCAAAUGAAAGGGCUCACAAUCUUUCUCCUUUCCCCAGUUCACAUAAAGAGAUUUAGAGUCUUAAUCACUCACCUAAACUCAAUUUUAGGUUUUCAUCCCAGGUCCAUCUCACUCUGGGUUUUGAUACCAAACAACUCAAAAGUCAGAUCUGAGUUUGGAGAAAUGGAUUUCCAGCUGAGAGGGCAGGGUAUUCUUUUGAAGUCAGUGUGUGGUUCAAUAGCCUCUGUGUGUUGUCUGUUGGGUAAGGCUUCCCAAGCUGUCUGCUCGAGUGGGCGCGGCACUCUGUGGCUCAAGUCCUCUUCUCCUAUCCUUGUGCCACUUGAAUCCCUGAGAACCUUCACUUUGAAAAAAUCCGCAGUUGCUCUCUGGAAUUAAAUGGACCUGUGGAUGAAUUGCCUGGA